AUGGCAAUUGCAUUAGCGGAGGCAGACAAGUAUGAGGUGCUUGAGAAGAUUGGUUGCGGUUCCUUCGGGAUCAUUCGCAAAGUUCGACGAAAGGCAGACGGCUUUAUCCUUUGUCGCAAGGAGAUUAAUUACAUCAAGAUGUCGCAGAAGGAACGCGAACAGCUAACCGCCGAGUUCAACAUUCUAAGCUCUCUUCGACACCCGAAUAUUGUCGCCUAUUACCACCGCGAACACCUCAAAGCCAGUCAAGAUCUGUACCUCUACAUGGAAUAUUGCGGUGGCGGAGAUCUCAGCAUGAUUAUCAAGAACUUGAAGAAGACGAAUAAAUUCGCAGAGGAAGAAUUCGUGUGGCGCAUCCUUUCCCAACUUGCGACGGCGUUGUAUCGCUGUCACUACGGUUCCGAUCCUGUCGAGGCUGGAAACAUCUUGGGCCCCGCCCCUAAGCAGUCGGGUCUCAAAGGAAAGCAAGCUCAAAUGACGAUCCUUCAUCGCGACCUCAAGCCGGAGAAUAUUUUCCUUGGCAGCGACAACACUGUCAAACUCGGGGACUUUGGCCUAUCCAAGUUGAUGAAUUCUCAAGAUUUCGCCUCUACCUAUGUCGGAACUCCAUUUUACAUGUCGCCCGAGAUUUGCGCAGCUGAACCUUACACGUUGCGUUCUGAUAUCUGGGCUGUCGGCUGCAUCAUGUAUGAAUUGUGCCAAAAAGAGCCCCCUUUCAACGCCAGAACCCACAUUCAGCUCAUACAGAGGAUUCGUGAAGGAAAAUUUGCUCCGUUGCCCGACUUUUAUUCUCCCGAGCUGAAGAACGUUAUUGCAAGCUGUUUGCGUGUCAACCCGGAUCACCGUCCCGAUACUGCAGCUCUGAUCAAUCUUCCUAUUAUUCGUCUGAUGCGCAGAGAGAAGGAGGUUUCCGAUCUCGAAAAGACCCUGCGAAAGCGCGAAGAGGCUGCUGCUCAAAAAGCCAGAGAGGUGGAACAAGCAUACACUAAAAUGGAAAGAGAAAAACAGCAGAUGAAGGCUGAGUUGGAAAACACCGUCAGACGGGAAUGGGAAGUCAAAGCUCGACUGGAAAUCGACCGCCAGGUGCAGAAUGAACUCGAAAAACUCCGAAAGCGAUUCGACUUCGAAGUUCAGGAAAGAGUUGCGCUAGAGGUUGAGAAGCAAAAGAAGAGCGGCGCCGUGAAGGAGGAUAGCAUUUCCCGGUCAAACAGCCAACAAUCCCAAACUUCUACCAGCAGCGAAAAUACCAGCAACCCAUCGAGCACUGAUAUCAGCCAGCUGUCUCUGGAGUCUCCCGCUCCCAGCAAGGCUCCACGUAAAGAGACGCGUACUCCAUUGACACGUUCCAAGACCGUGGUUGACUCACCAAUGGACGUCCAAAUGGCUGAGCCUUCACCUAUUUCGAUUGCAUCGCUUUCCUUGUCUCCUCGUCGCACAUCUGGAACGUAUACUGGCAAGAACAUUUUUGCUGAAGCCGAAAGGCGGGCGAGAUGGGAACCCACUGUGGCAUAUUCCGAUGACGAGGACGAUAUCCCCGAUCUACCUUCUCCCACUCGCCCCAAGGUGAAGCCGGAUCCUUUUAAAGCUCCUUCGCGACCGCUUUUACGACAGAACACGGCUGCAUUCAUGCAGAAACUGAGCACCCAGCCGCCAAUCUUCCCAACCAACGCCUCCAGAUUACCACAGGUGUCAGCCGGCCUUUCUGACAUGCUUCCUAGAGAGACCAAGCCACGAUCACCUCAUCGUCGAUUGUCGAAAAUCCCUUCAUCUGCAAACCUAGCUGCAGAUGCUGGCUCGCCGACUCGCAAGACUGGCGUAAAACAGCUGACCUCCAAAUCCAACGGCGCCAGCGAUGACAUGUACAAGGCCAUGAUGCAGCGAAAUAUGGGUGGGAGGACGUUGGUCGAACUGGCGCAAGCACGCGCGGGUGGCCGUCCUGUUGAUGAAAUCAAGCGAUGUGCCAGUGACUCCCGAGGCCUGAAAUCCAGUGCGCGAGACCCCCCGGCUGUUUGGGAUCCUGAAAAAGACGAGAUGCCCAGCCCUUUCCUGGUUCGGGGAAGGAAGAUCAUCCGUAACCUGCGGUAG